UCAAAUCGAUGAAUUUUUUUUUUUUCGCUUGCAUCGUGUAAUUUUCAGAGCUUUUGAGUAAAACCGACCUUUUUCACGAUUAAAAGACGUAUUCAGUUGGCAUUUAUUUUGCUUUUCAGCUUUUUUUUCAAUCAGUUCUCGUCGAGUGCUUGAUAGAUUAUCGAUUCGAUUGAUGUGAAAAUUCAUCGUGUACAAUGUGUACUUAAUUGAGUGCUCGAGCAUACGCAAUUUAGUUUACUUUUUUUUUUGAUUUUUUUUCUCAAACUCAUCGUUGAAAAUUUUCUAAAGUGGUCGAGUGGUGUAAAAAAAAACUAUAUAAUGUACUUGCGUAGAAAGUUGCGAAACUCUUUGAAAUUCGUUUCAUCAUCCGAGUGUGUGUUUGUUUUUGGAUUUCAUUUCCUAGUUCAAUGAUCAGAUGCUGAGAAAUUGAUAUGGAUUUUGACUGAGUGAUGUUUGAAUUAUAUCGAAGUGUUACUGAAUAUCAAAGCUGCACGAUAAAAUCUCUCCUCCCUUUGCCUUCAAUGAUGAAAGUUUUUUUUUAUUGGUGAUGUUCCUCAAAUAUUUUGACAAAAUUUAGCGAACGAAUUGAAAUCGAGGCAAUUCGACGUGAUACUUUGGAAUUUUGUUUUUUUUUUUGGGUGGGGGAGGGGGUUGCAGGGUGGUUUGGAUUGAAGAAUCGACUUAGCUCCUGAAAUCAAUCGUGGCAAGUUGCUGAGAUUUUUCGAAAAUUACAUCACCAGAAAAAAUGAAAGAAGUGAGAAAAAAAACGAUAAACUAAUUAACACCUUAGACAGUUGGUAAUGCAAUAGCUCGCCUUGCUGUAGUAUCUAGUACGAGUAUGUUGAAAAAAAUAAAACGCUUAAGAGAGAUAAGUAAUAGAAAGAAACGAAAGGUAUAAAGAGGAGGAGGAGGAUGAUGAUGAAGAAGAAGAAGAAUACAUUGAAGAAGAGAAUGUUGAAAAAAAAAAGGUAGUUAAGUCGAAUUUUAUCUCUAGUCGUUGGUGCAGUGUAAUACGAUAAUCGUUAAUCAUAACCUUACUCAUUAGAGAAACGAAUGUAACGCCUCGCAUGUCAAAUUGUAUGUUGGAGAAAAAGCCGACAGGCGAGUAACAAAUAGAUUUUAGUAUAAUAAUUCGGUUUGGUGGGUUGUGUUGGCUGGCGCGGAAGCAGGUCGAGAAGAGAAGCGGACGUGUGUUUAAAUAGAUUGCGGAUGAUGAUUUUUUUUCCUUCCAUCUUCAUCUUGAUUUUUUUUGUUGUAAAGAGUGAAGACAAAAAGAAGAAAAAAAAACAAAACUGGUUGUGGUAUUAUUUGAAGGAAGGCUCUCCCCCUUUACAUCUGUGAGUUUUGUACCUAUAUAUAUGAGUAUGAUUGUAUGUGUAGAAGAAGAGAAGGGUGUAGGCAAUAUAGGCAUACUAUAUGGUGGAAUACGAGUAUAGCCGAAGGCUUUUCUUCUCGCAGCCUCCUACAUAGUAAUAAUUACAGGUUGAUGAAUAGCGUAAUAUAACCUGUUAUUUUAUUGUGCAGCUUUGCGGGAAACCUCAGAACGGCGGUCUCUUCUUAUUAAUAAUAAUAAUGAUCCGACCGCACACAUAAAUACGUACGCAGGCUUAUAUACUCGUACUCGUAGUACAGAGUGAGCGAGAGGGACUUAAUAACUUCAACACGCAACUGUUAUACGCCGAACGUGUAUAGUUUUUUUUUCUCCUCAGACUCUUUUUUUUUAUUUUUAUUCUUUCUAUGUAUAAUGUUUGUUACAUGCUCGUUUUUUGGUCGGUUCUCUCUUUCUAUCUUGUAUUUAUGUCGCUUGCACUUGAACACGCAUACGAAGGUUCUCACAGAUCGAUGUUGAUUGGUGCUUUGGGGUGGACGCGACGAUGUGUGGUGCUGAUACCAGAUACCUGAUAGAAUUAUUGUUGUAUCGUAUUGUUGUAAUCUUGCGUAUACUGAUGAGGUGUAUUUUGCAUGUAUACAAAAUAGGUGGCGACAUACGCGACAGUUUGUUUACUUCUUCAGCCUGCAUUGGUACGUGCCAAGGAAGCAGACGCCGUUCCUGCAGAAGGAGUAAUCAAACAUACGCAUUACCAUACCGGAGAAGUAGAUCAUGCUCACAAGCACGGUGGCGAAGCCGUCCAUCACCACGAACAUCACGGUAAAGCCGAGCACGCGCAUCACCACGGCGGUGAGUUCGGACACGGCCACCAUCACGGUGGCGAGUUCGGGCACGGGCACAAGCACCACGGUAGCGCCGAACAUAAGCAUCAUCAUGGAGGAGAAUUCGGUCAUGGGCACAAGCAUCAUGGUAGUGCCGAGCACAAGCAUCACCACGGUGGAGAGUUCGGGCACGGACACGAGCAUCAUGGUAAAUUCGGCCACGGUCACGAACAUCACGGUAAAGCCGAACACGCCCAUCAUCAUCACGGUAGCGCCGCCCACAAACAUCAUCAUCACGGCAGCGCCGAACAUAAGCAUCAUCACGGUGGCGAGUUCGGACACGGCCACAAGCAUCACGGUAGCGCCGAACACAAGCAUCAUCACGGAGGAGAAUUCGGUCAUGGGCACAAGCAUCAUGGUAGUGCCGAGCAUAAGCAUCAUCACGGCGGUGAUUUCGGGCACGGACAUCAUCAUGGUGGAGAAUUCGGCCACGGACAUCAUCACGGAGGAUCUUUCGGUCACGGACACAAGCAUCACGGUGCCGCCGAACAUAAACAUCAUCAUCACGGAGCUGCCGAACACAAGCAUCACCAUCAUGGUGCGGCCGAACAUAAACAUCAUCAUCACGGUAGCGCUGCGCACAAACAUCAUCACGGAGGAUCGUUCGGACACGGACAUAAGCACCAUGGUAGCGCGUCUCACGGACAUCAUCACGGAGGAGACUUCGGUCACGGACACAAGCAUCACGGUAGCGCCGAACACAAGCAUCAUCACGGCGGAGAUUUCGGGCACGGACAUCACCAUCAUGGAAGCGCCGAACACGCUCAUCAUCACGGAGGUAAAUUCGGUCACGGACAUCAUCACCACGGUAGCGCAGCCCAUAAACAUCAUCAUCACGGUACAGCCGAACACAAACACGGUCAUCACGGCACAGCUGAACAUAAGCACGGUCAUCACGGUACAGCUUCGCACGGACAUCAUCACGGAGGCGAUUUCGGUCACGGACAUCAUCAUCACGGAAGCGCAGCCCACAAGCAUCAUCACGGCGGUGACUUCGGUCACGGACACAAGCAUCACGGUAGCGCCGAGCACGCUCAUCAUCACGGAGGUAAAUUCGGUCACGGACACGGACAUCAUGGAAAGUUCGGUCACGGACACAAGCAUCACGGAAGCGCCGAACACAAGCAUCAUCACGGCGGCGACGCCGAACACGAACAUCAUCACGUCGGCCAUUCCAAACAUCAUCACAAGCAUCACGUCUAAUAAGGGCGCUAGCGACGACCAUCUCACCUGUUUGACUUCAUCACCGUUUGACUGCAGCUCGCGACUCCGACUCCGGGCCCGACAGUAUCGGAAAAUUCAUCGCGCCAAGCUUCUCUACUAUUCGAGUACAAUAAUUAUUAUUAUUUUACAUUUUUUUUAUUCGUCGAUGAUGGUAUCGUGUCUCCGCAAAACGCAGCGGAUACCUUGCAACUAGUCAAUCGAUUUUUGUGGGUUUAUUUUCCAUCCUGGAGGGGAGGGUUGGGUGUGAAUUUUUUUCAUUUCUCUAUUCUCGAGUGCUGAAAAAAUAUAUUGAAAAAUUGAAGAAUUUUUAAUUCGUCGCGCGAAUUUUACCGAUCACGUAUGGUAUACCUACUUACGUUGUUAUUUAGUUCCUAUUUUAUAGUAUUUUCAAAUUAGAGUUUCUAUUUUUUCUUUUUUUUUCCUCCUUAUUUUAAUUUUUUUUUCUACUUUGAAAAUGAUUUAUACGCUUUUUUUUCACUUAUUGCUAUUCUCGUUCCUAUUUCCUCUUUUUUUCUCCUCUCCCAAGUCUUGAAAAUGUAAUCGCUCGCUGCUGUUCCUGUUGUUGAGUUACCUAAUCCCAUCUUUUUCCUAUAUACUUUUUUUUUUCUAUCGAUACUUAAUCGUGUUUACGACUGUGAUGUUAUUAAAAAAAAAAAUGUUUUUAUUAUUUUAGUUUUUUGCUUGAACGCGCGCUUAUCUUAGCAGCUUUUAAGAUCUACUAUACACUGUUACCUAUAUCGUUAUUUUUUUCUCCCCCUUAGUGUUUAGUGAAAUUUUUUUUUCUUUUAUUAUUUUUAUUAGGAUAGAUAUUAUUAUUCAUACGCGAACGAACGUGUUUCGUUGAUGAUGUAUUUGUGAAUACGUACCAUUUUUUCCCCUUUUUAUUUUAUAAGUGUUUGUUGAAUAUUAUAUUUCAUACAUAGGGUAGUUUUUCUUUUCCUUUUUUUUUUAAAAGAGUGAAAAUACGAAAAAUAAUAUGUUGUUGUUCGCGUUAUUUUAUUAUUUAUAUAUGACUGUUAUGUACGUUUUUUUGUUGUAUUUAUUUAUUUAAUAAAUUAUUGCUGCAAAUUUUA